AAAAGAACUCACGCCCAGAAUGCAUAAAUAUUUAAAAUUUUGUGUAUAGUCUCUUGUAUGUAUACGUUUUACUAAAAUGAUAACAUCUUUGAAUUUUUCUAAUGAUAUACAGCUUCUUUUUGAUGUUAUAAAUUCAAAUGAUUUUGAUGAUGCAAGAAAUAUCCUUAAUCAAAAUCUAUCACCUGAUCAGCCUUCUGACUUCUUAUUUGAAUUGAUCACAGAAAUUUCUGUUAGAACACUUGAUGGCAGAAACAACUAUUUGGAAAUAAUAUACAUUGUGAUAGAUUUGGGAAUUGACAUUAAUUUAACUGACGAACAUGGCAAUAACUGCCUUUUCUAUGCUGUGCAGAACAGGAAUCCUGAAUUGUGUACUGUUCUAUUACAGUGUGGUGCUGAUAUAUGGGAAGCUACUGAGUUUGGUACCACAAUUUAUGACUAUGUUAUGUGUACAGAAACUUCAAAGGAAGUUAAGGAUGCCUUUGAAAAAUAUUAUCCUGGACUUUGGAGAGCUGUUGAAUCAGAGAAUAUCUAUCAAGUUCGAAAACUAAUCAAUCUGUGGUGUAGAACAGAUCUUUGUAAGCAGGAAUUCACUUUGAGAAAUCUUGCAUUCCAAACUGGUAAUGAAGAAAUUAUUAAUUUGAUACUAGGAAUUUUUGAGUCAAUGAAAAUGGUGUAUUACAUACUUGCAAGGAAUAUUCAAAGUGUGAGGCAGUUAUUUCAAGAAUGUCCAAAAACAUUGCGUCUUGAUCUACGGAAAAUGAGUGAUAAAGGUGCUCCUAUAUUGUUUUACCUGAUUCAACAAAAAAAUUUAGAAGCUAUAGAACUUUUUAUUCAACAUGGAUGUAAAAUUCAUACUGUUAUGCAAGAUGAUUGUGGUCAUGACAUGCCGGUUAUUUUCUCUGCCAUAAGGCCAGGAGUUCCAGUUGUCAUUAUAGAAGCUUUGUUACCAGAAAAUAAAACACAUCUUCUUGAAAUGUUGCAUAAAAUUUUAUACAAGGGGAAAACAAUCUUAGAAAUUGCUUUGGAAAGACAUGUAAGUGUGGAUGUGUUUACGUUGCUUAUUCACAGAGGUGGGCCACUAUUGCUUAGCGACAGAAAUAUUAUGAAUCAGACUGUAUGUGAUAUUGCUGUCUUAUCAGGAAGAGUGCAGUAUGUACAUGCAAUAGAUCAGGUAAUCAAACAGUGGUUCCAUGACUCUAAAAGAAGACAACUGUUAGCACUGCAUGGUUGGAGAUUUGAUGAUAUUGAACAUUUUGAGGUAAACAAUAAAAAUGACAGUGAUGUUGAAGACUUCCUUCUUCAAUUGAAAACAUAUCAGGAUCUUAUUAAAGACAUGUUUGAAUUCAUGGAAUGUGGUGAUGUUGACAACUGUAUAAAGUCGAGUGAAACAGCUGCAAAAUUUCCUUUGUUUGAUGAGAGGAUACUGUGGAAUGGAAGAAUUGUGGGUGACAAAAUGCCCCUUUUGCACAGAGCUAUUCUUUUCAACAGGUUGGACUUGGUGCACAUCAUUCUAAAAAACAAACUACCUUCUGAAUCAAUCGACUGCCUUUUUGAUCAAUUUCAUAGGACAGCCCUUCAUUAUGCUUAUGCUUCAUCUGCCACUAAAGAAAUUCAGAAAUUGCUGUUGGAUUAUGGGUGUUCUGAACAUGUUCUUGACAAAAUGAAUAAGGAGCCAUUAGAUUUUAGAGACAAACAAGAUACUCCUCUUAUGAUGGCAUUACUUGACAGACUUAAAAUGAAAGCAUUCGACCUCGAGGAGCCAAAUCCUUGGAAUGAUGAUGAUAUCAAGUCCAACAUCAAGCCCACAAAGUGCACUUGUAUGCCGACUCAUUCUCAAAUCAGCAACUUCAGUUCGGAUGAAGACAGCGGCUCUGAAGUUUCCUACGAAGAGCAACCUCGGACAUUUUGUGUAGUCACAUAACAUUUAAAGCAAUUGUGCCUUUUUUAGCCAGCUCUUGUUUAGUGGUAAAUGAGCUGCACAAAAAAAUAAUAAAGUAGAUAAAUAAGCAGAACUCCUUGCCAAAUUGCACUUCAAACUCCACAUUUUGAAACAUCAAUCUCCAGCGAUGAAUGUUAUUUUCGUAACAAUGAUAUUUUGCAUUCUCGGGAAAAUGAUUUUUUUUUAUAGUGUUGAUGUUGAUGAAAUUAUGCAUGAUGCUUACGGUUUAAAAUUGUUCUUAAAGAUCAUUUUGAUAUUUAAGAAAUUUUUGUUGUUUUAAAGAGAUAUUUGAUUAAGGAAUUUAAUAAAUCUUGAAUAAAAGGACUUGGGCUAGGGUCUUUCUUGAAUAGAGCAAUCAGAUAACUAGGGAUCAUUAUGUAUUGACCAGAAACAUUUUAACAGAGUCGCCCGUCAGUCGAUCAUAAAAUGAAAACUUUUCACGGACACUCUGAUCUCAUAGGAACAACGGGAAAAGGGGGGGGGAGGAGAGUUCCAAGAAACAGACUUGAACCCGAGCUAGUUCCAUUACUGUUUAGCGUGUUUUUUCUUCUAUUUUGUCUUCCAACUAAGCUCAUUGAAAGACUAUGCAAUUAGUAAUUGCAAGUGCAAUGUUAAGCUAAUUGAAAGAGGAUCUAUUAUGUAAAUACUAGUGUAAUGUUAAGCUGAUUAAAAGAGGAUCAAUUGUGUAAAUUUUAAUGCAAUGAUAAAAAUUGUUAUGUUAUACAAUUUAAAUUGAAUAUUAAGUUUUAAAAAAUUGAUGUUUGCAGUUGCUUUUU